UUUAUCCAAUGGCAAGCGGGGAGACGUGGGUUGUUGUCUUUUUUACCAAUCAGAUGCCGGAGGCGGGCCAGAUUUCCCCCAAUGGGAGGCAAAGCCACAGAUUCAAACUGACAGGGGACUGGGAGGCGACGCGAGGUCUUGCUUCUGAGCAUCCCUCGCGCAUGUAAAGAAAGGAGCCGUCCAGGUUGGGGUCGCUGGCAGGAGGCAGGGGGAAUCCGGAGUCAGUCAAAGCACAGGGGCGCCCUGAAAUCUCCUCUGGAUCAGACUGGCCUUGCCAUGUCCACCAGCAGCUGCAGUUUUGCAGACAGAUGUGUGACUGUGCUGUGCUGCAGGUUUUGCCAGCAAGUGCUAAGUUCCCGGGGCAUGAAAGCUGUUCUCCUGGCUGACACAGAGACAGAUCUCUACUCCACAGACAUCCCUCCCACCAGUACUGUUGGUUUCAUUGGAAACUGCUAUUUCACAGAAAUCUGCAAAUGUAAACUGAAGAAUGUGGCCUGUUUGAAAUGUGGGAAUGUCGUAGGAUACCAUGUGAUCGCUCCAUGCAAACCUUGUUUGCUGUCCUGCAACAAUGGGCACUUCUGGAUGUUUCACAGCCAGACUGUUUUUGGAAUCAACAGGCUCGAUUCUUCCGGUACAAACUUACUGCUUUGGGGCAACUUGCCAGAUUCAGAGGAAAGCGCGGAUGAAGACGCGUCCAGCAUCUCUGAAGACGAGUACAUCCGAUAAAUGUCAUCAGCAACGUGCUGCAUGGUGCGCCUCUCACACUGACAAGAAACACAAUGUGCAAAUCCCAGCAAGGCAGAGGGAAAGCACUUCAAAGGGUAAUAAUACCUGUUGACCUUACGCCGUCUGAUCUGCUGGGCAUCCUGUUGUACAGGACGACUAGGAUUUGAAGGUCAAAAGGCAGCCCUUGCUCCCUUUCCAGAGAGCUACCCACCAUCAGUAUGUCCCCCUGGCUUCUGCAACUGCUUGCUGUUUCCCGUGUCCUACAGAAUGGUGUUUAUGUACGGAAGAUCAAGGAAUGAGCUCCACAUCGCCAUCACUCAUGGUUGCACUAUAAAAGGUCUGGAAGUGACAUGGGGAAAGAUCCAGUGGUGUUUGCUAUGGCAAGUUAUCUGUUGGCCUGCAUGACUCCUUUUCCCUGUUUUGCUGGCUGAGUCAGGGGUUGUGCAUGGCCUCUCUUUAGGAACCACAGUUAAUGCUGCUACAGAGCACCGGCAGUGAAUACUGACUCUGUGCUGUUGGCUGCCUUCCAGAAUCCCAUGUUUGCAUAACAUAUUGGGAAGCUCUUAAAUCUAGGUAUUUCUGCUUCCCUCGUGCAAGCGCAGCACAAUGUUUGGUUCUGCUCAAAGGCCAGAUUUCGAGGAAACCUACUGAAUAGCUUUUUCUCUGCCAGCGCACAUACGGCCAACAAGUGUGAGGACAUCGCCUGGGAACUGGCAUGCUUCCCUGCUCCUGAUGGAAGGAGAAGAUGCAAAGACAUGCGAACAAAAGAACCAGAGACCCCAGCUUCUGGACCUGCAGAUAUCCCCUUUAAUGCGUGCAAUCAAGAAACAAAGAGGCUUAAAAGAAUAGUGUCCAAGCGGCAGCAUUUGUAACUGUGAUUGCCCGUUUCUCCAGUUGUUUACAAGAAGAAACGAGUGAGAGUGACGCUGAAAGAGAAUGUAGUAAAUGCAGGGCCAGGUU